AUGAAAUCUGCCUGUCUCAAAUUUUUAUUUCUCUUUUUUGAUACUAAGGAAGCUAAACUCACAGAAAAAAUAUAAGUAUCCCCUGAUAGCUAUAUAUUCAGAUUCACUUUAAGCAAUUAGAAGGAUGCUAUGGCUUAUCCUGCUGGAUCUCACUUUGCCAUUCUUAGGAUUCCUAAUAGUAGUGAGGCUUUUACAAAAAAAUACACCCCUAUUAAUACUAUAGAAUCUAUGAAAUAAGGAUAUAUUGACACUGUUAUCAAAAUCUAUAGACCAAAUACAGAUCCUAAUUUUCCAUAAGGAGGUAAACUAACUCCUUUUCUAGAAAAUUUAAAGAUUGGAGACGUAAUUAAAAUUUCAGGACCAAUCAUUAGUAUUAAGUAUGAUAAAUAGGGCUUUAUAGAUGUAAUAAGAAAAAAAUAACAAGAAGAUAAAAAAGCUAAAUAAAGAAUAAAGCCUAAAAAUUUAUUUUUAAUUGCUGGUGGAACAGGAAUAGCUCCCGUUUUUUCUAUAGCUUAGCAGAUUUGUCUUGAUUAGCAAAAAGAUAUAAAAAUAACUCUUUUGUAUGCAAAUAGAACUGAAAAAGAUAUUCUACUUAAAGAACAAAUAGAUGAUUUGUAGAAGUAAUAUGAAAAUUUCAAGGUAGUAUAUGUUAUUGAUUCAGGUAAAUAAACAUAAAGCUGGAAUGGAGAAGUAGGUAGAAUUGAUUAAAAUAUGAUAUAAAAGUAUGGUCCUACAUCCACUGACAAAGAUAAUUAUGUAAUGUUUUGCGGACCAAAAGGAAUGGUAAAAAUGUGCUUCGAGGCUUUUAAAAACUUAGGAUUUGACCCUUAUCAUUACUUUAGAUUCUGA